GACAUGUUUAGCUCUUUAUACAUAAUAGGUCCAAAUUGACGGGGCAUAUGCAGUAUUGUGUGGACCGUCCUGAAGAGAUCAGCAAACUUUGCCAAAAUGAAGGCUCAAGCUUCUGAAGUCAAGGGUGUUAUGGUGGAAAACAUUGAGAAGGUCCUUGAUCGUGGUGAGAAAAGUGAGUUGCUGGUGGAUAAAACUGAGAACCUUCGCACACAGGGACAAGACUUUAGGCAGCAGGGAACUAAGAUGAGAAGAAAGAUUUGGCUUCAGAAUAUGAAGAUAAAAUUGAUUGUUUUGGGUAUCGUUAUUGCCCUGAUUCUUAUCAUUGUGCUGUCAGUCUACCAUGGCUUCAAAUGUUAAUCUGUCUUGGAUUUCCCCGGUACUGCUCUUGCUGCCGGGGUUGUCAUGAUAGAUUGGUUUGUCUUGUUUUUU